AUGGACUGCAAAGAUUGUCAAGCAUUAAUCCUAGUACCAGCAUGGGAACUAGCUCAAGGAAUACAUCGGCUAGUUUUAACACUAAGUGAACAUAUGAAUGUGACAUGUCAUGCUUGUAUUGGUGGUACAAAUGUUCAUGAAGAUAUUAAAUUUCUUCAAGCUGGUGCCCAAGUUGUGAUUGGUACACCUGGUCGAAUCUAUGAUAUGUUAAAGAGAUCAGCAUUCUGUGCUGAACAUAUUAAAAUGUUCGUAUUAGAUGAAGCUGAUGAACUUUUAUCUCGUCGUUACAACGAGCAAAUUUAUGAUAUACUUACGACGUUACCAAGAAAUAUUCAAGUGAUGGUUUUAUCAGCUACGAUACCUAGUGAUCUACUCGAAUUCACAACUAAAUUUAUGAAUGAUCCUAUAAAAGUUCUUAUCAAAAGAGAAGAACGAACACUCGAUGGUAUUCGUCAAUUUUAUGCGAAUGUUGAACGUGAGGAAUGGAAAUUAGAUACAUUAUAUGACUUGCUUGAUGGAUUAACGAUUACACAAACGAUCAUCUUUUGUAAUACAAAUCGAAAAAUUGACUUGUUGACUGAAAAACUACGAACACGUAAUUUAACUGUGUCUGCUCUGCAUUCUAAUAUGGAUAUAAAACAACGUAAUGAUGUCAUAAAAGAAUUUCUAACAGGUGUUAGUCGAAUCUUGAUAAGAACAGACACAGUUGGAAGUAAUAUUGAUAUUGCACAAGUAAGUCUUGUUAUCAAUUAUGAUCUACCAAUUAAUCGUGAGAACUAUGUUCAUCGUAUUGGACGUAGUGGUGCAUUCGGUCGAAAAGGUGUAGCUAUUAACUUCAUUACCAAUGAUGAACAACAAACAUUGAAAAAUAUUGAACAAUAUUACAAUACAAAAAUUGAAGAAUUACCAUUGAAUAUUGCCGAUUUGAUUUAG